UAUCAUGAGAAAAGCGGCCACACAACCAGAGCGCACAGACCGACGCACCGACCGACCUCAGCCCGCCUCCCUGCGCCCCGCUCUGGGAUGCUUUUAGCGCAGAGACGCUUCCACUCAGGGCAGCCAGUGGACGUCGACGCACAUCAUCUACACUCCUUUCGUUGUUGUUUUUAACCGAGGAUCUUUCACCACCACCCCCCGCAGCCCCUUCUUUUAUUUUAAGUGUUUGUUUCUUCAUGACUGCUGCUUUGGGAAGCGAGCCUCAGCACCAGCUCCAGCAACGCCGACACGAUGCGAGCCCAAAUCGAAGUUAUACCAUGCAAAAUCUGCGGAGACAAAUCAUCAGGAAUCCACUAUGGCGUCAUUACAUGUGAGGGAUGUAAGGGUUUCUUCAGACGUAGUCAGCAGAACAACGCCUCCUACUCCUGCCCCCGCCAGAGGAACUGCCUCAUCGACAGAACAAACCGCAACCGUUGCCAACACUGCCGCCUGCAGAAAUGUCUUGCCCUAGGAAUGUCCAGAGAUGCGGUCAAGUUUGGCCGCAUGUCCAAGAAGCAGCGUGACAGCCUGUAUGCAGAGGUCCAGAAGCACCAGGCACGGCUGCAGGAGCAGCGGCAACAGCAGACAGGCGAAGCAGAAGCUCUGGCACGCGUUUACUCAUCCAGCCUAACCAACGGACUUUCCACCCUUAACCAUGAAAUUGGGGGCACCUAUGCCAAUGGUCACGUCAUUGAGCUACCCAAAGGUGGCCAUGGUAAUGGAGCAGGAGUCCCCGGAGGUUACUAUGGGAUGGAUUCCACCCAGCCGUCUCCAGACCAGUCAGGUUUGGACAUGUCGGGCAUGAAGCACAUUAAGCAGGAGCCAGUGUACGACCUGACGCCAGUACCCAACCUGUUCAGCUACGGAGGCUACCAGGAGACUCAGCUUGGGCCCAAUAAUGUCAGCAUGGGAGAGCUGGACCGUAUUGCUCAAAAUAUCAUCAAGUCCCACUUGGAGACAUGUCAGUACACAACAGAGGAGCUGCAGCAGCUAGCCUGGCAGACACAUUCCUAUGAAGAGGUCAAGAUGUACCAGAGCAAGCCCCGUGACGUGCUGUGGCAGCAGUGUGCCAUCCAGAUCACCCAUGCGAUCCAGUACGUGGUGGAGUUUGCCAAGCGCAUCUCAGGGUUUAUGGAACUGUGCCAGAAUGACCAGAUCCUUCUUCUAAAGUCAGGUUGUUUGGAGGUAGUCUUGGUGCGGAUGUGCAGGGCAUUCAACCCUCUCAACAACACAGUACUCUUUGAAGGGAAGUAUGGAGGCAUGCAGAUGUUCAAAGCCCUAGGUUGCGAUGACUUAGUGAGUGCAGUGUUUGACUUUGCGAAGAGUAUGUGCUCACUGCAGCUAACAGAGGAGGAGAUUGCACUGUUCUCAGCAGCUGUACUAAUUUCCACAGAUCGACCGUGGCUGAUGGAGCCUCGGAAAGUUCAAAAGCUCCAGGAGAAGAUCUACUUUGCUCUGCAGCACAUUAUGCAGAAGAACCACAUGGAUGAAGAUGCACUGGCCAAGCUGAUCAGCCGAAUCCCAACGUUGUCAGCCCUGUGCACACUCCACACUGAAGAGCUUCAGGCCUUCCAGCAACUCCACCCAGAAACAGUCAAUGUCCUGUUUCCUCCACUCUACAAAGAACUCUUCAACCCUGACCCAAACUCUGCCAUGGCCAUGCCCAAGUGACUGCCUGUGGUCCACAUGCAACAAAUGACGCCAGCAGAGGACCAAGAAAGUAAGACAGCCGCAUCCAACGAGACGAAAGCAGCUAUGUCGACUACGUCAUCAUCGUGGCAACCACAUAUUUCCGAGCCCCCCCAGGCACAUUUCAAGCUGGUGGGUGAGGAGUCAUCUGCUAGCAGCUUAGAGUUACCGCCAACAAUACUAGGAAUGUCCAGCACUUAUCCCAUUCUGUUCACCGAUACAGUCUGAAGAAUGUAUAUAUAAAUGAAACGUGCCCUGGGCCACAACCUGAGCGGGGCUUCCACCUUUCUCCUGAACUGAACUGACUGACCAGUAAUGUACAGACUUUAAAAUAUCUAGGAACAAUUUUAAGCUGUCAAUCUUUAAACAAAAAAAAAAAAGAAAUUGGUAAGUUAAAAUGAUUUAACUUUGAAAAAAUCAUUUGAAUUAUUUUCCAUGUGAAGACAUCGUGAAGAUGGAGAAGCUGGAUGGGGGAGGGAACUGUGGAUUUAGAGAAGCUAUUGUAGAUAUUCUUCUAGUGGAGAGCGGAUUCCAGUAUUACUUCUUGUUCUGUUAAAAUAAGUUAGUCUUAAUUUAAAUAUACAGCAGUCCACUGUGGCUGACUAUACCGUGUCUACGUGUUUUUAUUUUAUUUGAUAGUUUCUUGUGUACAGAAUUUGUAAAGUUGAGACUUGUAAAACAACACUGGCUAAAAACCGGGAUUCAAUUUGGGUUUGUUGAUAUAUAGAAGCCUUGUCUGGAUUUUGUUCAUAUGUAAAGAAGGUACUACAUCCUUCUGAACCUAUAGUAAUGUAAAGAGAGCAUAUGAAGGAUUUAAAAAGAAAAUAAUGGCUACUGCUACUUUUCAAGCUGGAGAUAUAUACAGAAAUAUUCUAUUUUGCAAGAAAAAGAAUCUGGCAGAUUUGCCAUCUUAUCAAUCGUUUAUUUCUCGCUGCAAUAAUUACGUCCAAUAAAAGCUGGACUGCUUUCGAACAAUCAGCCACGAACAGCUAAUCGAAGACUAGGACCUUGCAAUGAACCCUGAAUCUCUUCCCAAAUUCCCCAUGUACCCAGACCUUUAUCUCUCAUGUAUUAGGACCUGUCCGUAAAAUUCUGGCAGAUAUAAGUGGAUAGAAAUCACGGUGAAGGCGUGUAUAGCUAUCCACCAAAAUAAAGGCAACAAAAAAUGAAACAAACCUGAAUUGGAUUCACAAAUUUCCAGUCACUCAAACCUGUAUGAGUGCUGUAUGCCUCAUCCCUACAAUCACUAUUUGCACAAUCAUUACAGUCCAUGGGUGACAAAGACCCUGUGGGCUGUGAAUAUGUAGGACCCUUUGUCUAAAGAGCAAUAAUUUUCACACUGCCUUUCUGAUCUUUUUCCUUUCCUCCUCUUCCUGCUUUCAGUUGUUCAGAUCAAGGUAGCUGUUUUAACUAAAAUGCACUAUAUUUCACUUAAUGGUUAUGCCUAACAGUCAUUUCCAUGGGCGGUACUCAUUCCACCACCACAGACUCUGCAGUGUUUUCAGUGUUUUCAGUACAGAUUGCACUGACUUAGAGUUAUAAAUUAAUCCAGAAUAGCCUCCAAUCAUCUAAACACCAUUUAAAGCUGCAAUAUGGCAUUAACAAUUUGAAAAAAGGAAAGUGUGAUAGACAAUCAAUUUUUGCUUUUUAUGUAGUCAUUCCAUAAUUCUUAGCACUUACAUUUUGUAUUGGUUUCUAUGUUUUGUUGUUUUGGCCACUUUUAAAAAAUCACACUGGCUCCACUGGGUAUUUAUCCAGGCAUGUUGUUAUUGGUCUUUUCUGGUGAAGGAAUAAUUUGAAAACUCAUUGCGUAGACAUGUUUCAGUGGUUUCUGCACACUAGAACUAGAAGAUGCUCUGUGAAUCUCUCCUGUAAAGCUAUAAGUGCUGUGAAAUCUCAGCAGCGAAGCUAAAGAGCUCCCUUUCAAAAUGAGCCCAAAAAAGAGACACUUGACAGAACAUUAGCACAGAAUUAAUCAGCUGAUGAUACUUUCAUUACCUGAAUACAUGUUGGACUGACUAGCGACUAAAAAUCGCACUUUUACCUCAGUUUUGAAUGCUAUGAAUAAUGGACUCUGAUCUAGUGUUAUUUAGGCAAUUUUAAAACAUUAAGGUUUUCUGAUUUUUGCAAAUGCACAGCAGACAAAUCUUUGACUUUACAUCAAAGUUAUAUACCCCUUGAGCCCACUGGUACGCCUAACAUUUAUUAUCCUUCCAUCAUUUUUUUUUCCAUGUGGAGAACAACCACGAGGGAGCAAGUACCAAUGUUAACGUGAGAAAAUCAGCUUAUACUGAUCUGUUCCACACUGCAUCUAUUUAAAGGUUCCCCCAAAGUCCAGCAUCUUUCCUCCGACCCCUGACCCGACCACAGAUCAGAGGCCAGUGACUCUUUAAAAGACAAUCACUUGCUCAUUAAGGCUUGAUGCACUACAAAGCAUCUCUCAGGGAGCAGCUCUUUUUCAGAUUUUGCAUUAAGAGGGUUUAAUAUUUUUGCAAAUUUACAAAAAAAAGAAUAAUUAUAAAAGAAUAACUUUUUAGGAUUAAAAAAAGGCAUACGCCACCAGUGUAUGCCAGCAAUGAAAUCUGCCCAGACAAGGCUUUGACAGAUGUAUGUCUGUGUGUAUGUGUGUGUACAGAGCAUGAAUUCACUGUCCAAAUAUCUUUAGACUCCAGAUUAUAUAGCAAAAAUCAUAAUAACAUAGCACUAAAAAAAACAACUUGUAUGUCAGUGUGCUCUUUUCACCACUGUACGCUCAUGUUUACUGAUUCUUUUUGCUGCUUUUGGGACAGUGAGGGAAGUCCAUUAGUAAGCUGUGACACAAGCGCCAUCACAACACCGCAGGGACAGUGAAUUCCAACUCUGACUAUGAAGUUUUUGUGUGUGACGUUUUUAUUAUCCCUUGUUAGACUGUGAAUCAGAGGGCUGGGAUGGGGCUGUAAGGGGAGGUGGGGUGGGGAUGUGCCGGCAAGAACGAGUGGCAACGCAACACUGUAAGUAAGAUACUGUAGCAAUAAGAACUGGAGGCAUUUACUACUGUCAUGUUUGCAUUGUAAGAUUAUUUUUUAUUUUAUUACUAUUUACUAUUAUUAUUGUUCUUAUUAUGACUACUAUUCUUCUAUUACUAUUAGCCUAUUGUUGUUCUGUUCUAUUUGCAUGAUGUUUCAGAGCAAUGAAACAUUUGGGGCUUAUUGUGUUUUCUCUUCUCAUGAUAAUGUGGGUUUCGUGGGAGAGGUUUUUUUGUUUUGGUUUGGUUUUUUUGGCAGGGUGGGGAAUGGGUUGUGGGCAAAUUCCACAUCAAUUUAGUCGGUUCCAAGCAAUUUUUUUCACAUACUGAAAGGAUUUUUAAAUAAAUGCUCUAAUUUAUACGUGACCAAUUAUAAUUUGUUGCUGGAUUUAAAAUGUUUUGGGGGUUUUUUUGUUCUCAACCUCUGAAUGUGUGCGUUGAACGGCCCUUUCUGAACUGGCCUUACUGAAUCGGAUAACCCUUGAACCUGCUGUGGGAGAAUAAUCGAUUCUGAAUGUUAUGGAGUAGUCUGUUCAGUGUGAGGGGCUGAACGCAUCAUGCGCCUUUACCACUCCAUCAACACAGAAUGACAUCACGGAGCGCACAAACGAGCAGUCGUCGGCUCUGCGACGUAACUCGGACAAAUUGCGCAGACAAUUUUUUUAAAACAUGCUUAGUUUGAAACACGUUUCCUACGCUUAGUCGAACACAAUCCAGACCUUCUUCUCCCUUUCCUGAGAAAAACCCAUGUGCGCGUGAAUGUGUGCGUGUGAGGAAGAAAACGAGAUGUGAGAUGAUGUUCUGCUCUACCAAUGCUUUGUAAACUUUCUUGAUGCAUUACACAUUUGUGCAAUUGGAGUAGUGUUAAAAAUUUGUUAAUUUAUUGUUUAGAAUGUCUUUGCAUCCCAGCAAGAGCAAAUAAAACAAAAUGUAGCAAUCUGUAACCAAAACCUAAAAGGUACUUAGGCUACAGAACUUCUUUUACACAGGACUAACAAAACAACAACAACAAGGACAAAAAUAGAAAAAAAUACAAAAAAAGAGACAUUUGUUUGUUUUCAAAGUGCCAUAGCUAGUGAGGAGUGGAAGGAUUGGCAGAGUGGGGCGUAGAUGCUUUACGGUGUGAGUUUACUUGAGAAACCAAUCAAAAAAGGGGAACUCUGAGGAAAAACCUGUAUGUGAUUACACUGACGAACCGUUUUUACAUUUUAUGCUUUUUCAUUUGGUGAGGACUUUGCUUGACUCUGAACUCUGACUCUGCUGUAAAUCCACGAGCUCUACUGUCCAACACUACAUUUUCAGACGAGAACAAAAGAGUGACCAUGCGUGUGUAAAAGCAUGCAUCUGCAAUAAAGUGAGUCACGCCCAUAAACGAUGGAUCAGAGUGGGUCGAAGUUCAGAGCCACGCAGGGGCCUUAGUGAGUUCUCCUUUGAGAUGUACAUACAAUGUGAAGGUCUGAAGUGAUUUUUUUUGUUAAAUUCUAUAUUUUAUCGCUUUUGUAGACAUUUUGUUGUGGGAAGAAAAAAAAAUAAAAAGAAAUUUUAUG